AAUAAUGAUAUGCACCGUUUCACAAUAUGUUUUCACCCAGAACAUGGUGUUUUAAUAUAUAAACACACCAUAAAAAUGUUAGUGGAAUCAAUCAAUACAUUAUUCAUGCAGUAGCGUAUGAAACUAGCGAUUCCAUUAAUACAGGAACGGAUCUACUAAUUGGUAAACGUAUACCCACAAUAGCUAGUAUGUAGCUUGAAUAAGGAUUACAGAAUGAUAAAAUUGAGAAUGGAAAUGAACUUACUUCUGAUUGGAGACAUGUUGUAAGAGAAAUGUGUAGAUGUGAAGAUUAUCGUCGUCAAAUUACCACAGAAUAGAAACAGUCUCUUAAAGUUGUCGUUGCAUUAGAAGUUACCAAAACGGAAGAAAAACAAUGACUGGUGUGAAAAGGCUUUGCAUGAAGCUCAAAGCUGCCAGAUCAAAACAUAUUUUGAUGUUGAUAUUGACGCUUGGAAUUUGUCUAGUUAUUUUCAACAACUACAACGAGCAAAGUCUUAUUUUCAGUGCAUCAAAAUAUGUUAUAACUAAUGUUUAUUCUGUGGAAUUAAACAAGGUUAAUGCAACUCCAAGGUCAUCCAAGAAGUAUGUUAAAGUAGAGUUUUCAGGUCGACUUGGAAACUUAAUGUUUGAAUAUGCAUCACUCUAUGGCAUCGCCAAACAUCUUAACAUGACACCUAUUGUUGAUGAGGGAUGUAAGUUAAGGAAAUAUUUCAAAAUUUCUGCUGUGUCUGUGAAACCGUUAGUGAACUUAAAACGUUACGUGGAGAAAAAAGGUAACGUGUUUGAGGAAAAUGCUUUUAAGCUUGAUACAAAAUACAACUGGACUCUCAAAGGCUACUUACAGAGUUGGAAAUACUUUGUUGAAAAUAGCAUUGAUGUCAGAAAUGAAUUUCGGUUUAAAGAAAAUGUUCAAAAAGAAGCCACUAAACAAUUUCAAGAAAUUAUAAAGUCAAAGAACAUAACAAAUGUGAACAAACAUACUUUUAUCGCUGUUCAUGUUCGUCGUGGAGAUUUUAUAAAAAAUCAACACUUUGUUAAUUUUGGAUAUUCAUCAGCAAAUGAAACCUACAUAAAUAAUGCAAUGAAAAAAUUCCGAUCACAAUUUUCAAAUGCUUUUUUCAUAUUUUCUUCAGACGAUAUAGCCUGGUGCAAAAAUCAUUUUAACGAAUCAAAUAUAGCAUUCAUUAACAAGAAAAAUACACCGGAAGUUGACAUGGCGAUAAUGUCUCAUUGUAAUCAUACUAUAGUUACCACCGGAAGUUAUGGUUGGUGGACUGCAUGGCUCAUUGGAGGUACAACAAUAUAUUUUAAAGAUUUUCCUAGGAAAGGAUCAAAACUUGACAAGAUAUUUGAUUCUACUACCUACAAUCUACCAUCCUGGAUUGCAAUGUAGAAUCUAAAAAAAAAUUCAACUUGGUUGUGUCAUAUUUGAUUCAGCAUCAAAGCUGUAUGAAGAAGACUUGUUUAUGCGUGUAUGUGAUUAAACAGAGUGUAUAACGUUUAUAAUUAAUCUAUUUUAAUCCAUGAUUAUGUACUAGUAAAUUUAAAUUGUUUAA